AUUGUCUCGUAAGGCUGUCUCCUCCGUGCUUCUGGCACUCUUAUCAUCCUUACCAGUGACAACGUCCGUAAGCUUAGUACAGUGGGCUGUACCUUGACCUCUACCUGUACACCAUUAUAUCACCGAGGUACGAAGUCCUUUGUACCUUGCUUCGGAGGAAACAUCCAGGCCUCAGCAUGGGUGGGCAGGCAGGUGCAACCCAUGAGCACUUCCCUCCCUGGCUGCCCAGGUACUCGCUGCCAACGCUUCACGCAAUCGCCCGCCUCAUCUGUCGUACCCGCAACCUCCAGCAGACAACCCUGAGUCUGACAACAUUCCAUGUGGAAGCCGACAGGCCCCUUCUUCUACAUUGCUCAACAACAGCAUGACGCUCGUGACGGCCCAGUGCCUGCCACUUUGUGAGUCAUAUACAGUACGACAAGCCGUGUCCGAAGUGGACCAAGGACUUGCGAACCGGCGGUCGCGAUCUGGAGAAUACCACCUUUGGACGCCCGGGCCAAUUGCCUCCGUCACGUCGCGCUGGCUGACUUGCUCUGGUAGUUUGCGCACGCCUCGUUUCCGCCUUGCGCCAAUCUGUUGGCAGCAGUUGCACAGGAACCGCCGCGGUCUGACCAGGCGGCCACCCCCUGCUGAGCUCCGGCGAGGCCCCCGCGCCCCGUCAACAGCCAGUCAAGCAGACGCAAGAUGCAUCCUCGCCUGACGACGCGAGGCCAACUCAACCAAGGCUGAGCCGACGAGACGCGACCCGCUGACCGGCCGUGCGUGGCUGCCUACCAAGACUAAGCGCGGCCGGUGCGAGGCCGUUGUCGCUCAUCGCCGCGACAUCAAGGCUUGGCCUGCCUGGUCUCAUGUUCGAAGGCUCCAGGCUUGCACGACGCUGCAAGAGCCACGCAAGGCCGUUUCAUUGGGCCAUUCGCCCUCACCCUUUGGCUUUGCUCCACGACGCAUUGGAGGGGUAGCGUCACUUGACGUCUCACCGGGAACAGUAGCUCGGCCUGCUUUCGACGGCCCUCAAUGAUGUUUCCCUUGACCCUUGCAGCAACAACCAUCAGCCCGUGGGUUGCUUUUAAAGCAAGUCGGAUGCCCCAGCAAACCGCUUUGCGCCCCAGAUUGCCUCUCAGUCUGCCCGCCCGCUCCGCGCGUCGUUGCCUGACAAAUUGGUGCCCAAGUGGCUUUGCCGCUCGUCCCAUCCCAAUUGCUCUGGUGGCUCGUUAUCUCAUCCGCCACGGCAAGCGGAGCAGCAGAGUCCGCAUACUUCCUGCCUCCCAUCUAGAGCAAUCCGGCGGCGGGAAAGACAGGGGGGUAACAAUUCAGACUACCGACGGCAUCGGAGAGAGUAGGAGCGUGUGCUGCCUGGCCGGAGCUCAGAACCGGCCGAGUUGACCGGACUUGCUGCGCGUUUGCUCGUUCACGAGUGCCUGCCUACCGCGUUUCUCCCUCCAAGCCUGCAUCACACGGUAGGGGGCGUGUUGGUUGAUAAGUCGCCUAGGCCUUCCCAGGCGACUGACUCUGGUCAUCGAUUCCCGCUGUCGGCAGCCAACUGCGCACCCAGGCAGCCGGCUUCCACGGCCCGUUUGCCGCCGUUUGGGCCUGUUCGCUCACGGCCUUCCCAUAGACAGUCCAAACUUCUAUUUAUACCAGCCUUCCUCCCUCUUGCUCCUGCUUCUCUCCGUCUCUCUCUUGUCAAAUUGCACAUCCCUCCGAGAUCAUCGUGCCUCUUACAGUACACUUGGGUCAUUACGCCUUCACACACUGGGCUUACAGGUUGCCAAUCCUCACCGCAUCCGCAGGCCACACAUAUUGUAACACUGCUAAUGUGCCCAUCUCCACAUUCUCGACUCAUUUCCAGCACUCGAUAGCAUUUAAACAUCGUUCGGAACGGUACACAGCCUCAAGAGCUCUUCAGCAGCUGCGCCAUGGUGACGUAACUCCGACUGAACCACUCAUUUCUCAUCAUGUCCUCUCACGAUAUCACGAUCUCUCCAUCACGCGAUCCGGCGGAAGAGACAUGUCUGCAAGUGCCAACCGACAAGAAGGAAAGCCUCAAGGCAGACAAUGCGCAGCCGGGCAACGAGCCCGAUUCUACGGUGCUGAGUCGAGCCAGACACAAGAUGAAUGGCAGCGGUAUCCAGGACGCCGCGUACAAUGCAGCAAAAAGGGCACGAUCGAAAACAUUGAAUGGCAAAAAAACCAGGAGAAUACCAUCGGCCACUCAUCGCGGAAAGAAUGACUCUGAUUCGGAGGACGAACUGUCCCCUACUUCCGACUCCGACAGUUCGACGAGCGAGUCUGAUUCCGACGAGCCCAAUGAGUCGGUGACGCGGAAUAAAUCGUCCCACACUUCGAAGAAGACAAGGGCAGGGAGAAGGACCAGGAAGUGCAAUCGCCACCGCGACAAGUCAUAUCAAGCUUCCGACUCAGACACAGACUCGUCCACAAGCGGGGAUUCUGACCGCCGUCAGAGGCCCCCCCGCCACAAGGGUCGACGCCGAGUCGAGGGGAAUACAGCGGGAGGCACCCAAAUCUACGAUCAGCUAGAGCGACUGGAGCUUCGACUGUUCCAGCUUCAGACGUCCAUGGCCUAUGGGGCAGCUGUCCCUAAUAUGGGAGUGGCCAGCACCGGCGUAGCCUGCGGUAUACCGCCGUUAGGGACGCGAGUGCCCCAGCCAAGCGGUAGCAAGGGAAGCGUACCGGUGCUUCCGCCUUUGCCAUCUCUACCCACCACUCUUCCUGCGUCUUCGCCUCCACAUCCUGGGCGAUCGGGUCGGUCACACAGACAUGGCAAGAGCCCUCGCCGAGCAGCAACUUCAUGUGACGAAGGGGAUACAAAACGUGCGAAAGAGACCAAGAAAGGGACAAAGGCAGAAUACAAGCGCGUCGACUGGGUAUGGGACUCCUCUCGCUAUACCUUCAAACUUCAAGACACCGCCGAGACGAGCACAAAGUCUCGAUAUGAAGAUUUCAUUUUUCACGUCCGGCGGACCUUCGAUACUGAGGGCAAGUAUCGCCAGACGUUCGUUGACGUCAAAAGCAAACUGCUGCGCGAAUGCUUGCAGGACGUGAUCGGCAAUGUCCGCGGCGCAAGUCUGGUCGACGAGACGCCAAAGUUGGAUCCCAACAUGCUUUUCCUAUAUCUGGAGGAUUUCCGCACCCAUUUGAAACAUCUCAAAAAGGCUGAGGCUGCUGGUGAUGAUAAGAAGGAGCGCCAGAAGAAUCGUGCACGGUUGGAGAACAAGAUGGAGCACCUCAAAAUGCUCAUCAAAUAUCUCGACAAGGACUAUGCCAAAGUGAAAGAAAGCCUCUACCCCAUGCUCGAGAGCGGUGUCAUCACAUUCGACCUGCUUUGGGCGUUGUGGAAACCCAACACUAUCGUCUACGGCACGGCGUAUGGCAACACGGAAGAUCCCAGGGCUUUCAAGGUUUCUAUGGCCUACCGGCAGACUUCCCUUAUGAGGGGUGACUUCUACCUUAUUGAGGGCAAAUACCUCGACUUUGACGGUAAGAAAUUUGGCUACGGUUCUGUCACCCAAGAUAUCCCAGCGUUUCAUGGCGCUUGCAAGAUCACGAGCUUGCCGUGCUAUCCGCUCAAGUACCACAAGGAUGAAGCCAUGAUUCGGCAGCAGCUGAUAGCCAGAGGCCGGAAAUUCGUCGCCCAUGACGGGGUGCAUUUCAAGUCCUACUCCGGAAUUGCAUAUCAGAAGCGUAAGAAGAACUCCGUCAUGCGGUUUAGCAUCCAGCAAAGCCGAAUUAUGGUGGAUCCAGCGAUAUUUCGACGCAUAAAUCCCAACUAUGUUGUUUCAACGGUGCGACCAAAGGAUCACGAUAUUCUCUCCGAUGACGACCUGUCAUGCGAUGACGAUUCAGGUGAGGCGGACUGCGCGUGCGGAACUGCAGAUGAGGACGAUUCAGGUCCAAACAUCCAGUAUGUGUCUAAGGUCAUCAAAAGCGAGAAGGGGGCCAUUUUCGUGGCCAGGCUUCCCAAACCAGGUGGUGAGGACUCGGAGGAACGAGAUUUGGAACCUGUGCCACCAAAAGCAGGGGACAAGGACGUCGACACAACAUCAGUCAACCCGCCAGGAGCCGACGAUUCAAAGGCCAACACGUCGCCCAAAGGUGUCUCCGUGGACAUGAAUACAUUCUCGGAGGAAAACCUCCUCAUUGCCUCACCGGUCAUACUUGGGUUUUCGUUCGCUGAGAAGCAGUGGCUUGAGUUUUCCGUUUCUGGAAUCGACGAAAUCAAGUGGAAUGACAAGGCGUGGGAUUCGCUUGUCCUGGAGACAUCUACCAAGGAUCUUAUCAAGGCCCUCGUGCAGUCCCGGAAAUACCACGCGGCUCAGACGGUCGAUGAUGUGAUUCAAGGAAAGGGAAAGGGACUUGUCAGUAAGUAUCUGUCGGCGCCACGCACAAACAUACACGCGACUAUCUUUCUCUCUCGGCGAAGGUAUGAUGCUGACACUCAUGCUUGUAGCUGUACUCCAUGGCCCGCCCGGCACGGGGAAGACGCUGACCGCUGAAGGCAUCAGCGAGCUCCUCCAAUGCCCACUCUACAUGGUCUCCGCUGGGGAGCUGGGAACCGACUCCCGCUUUCUGGAGGCGGAACUGCAGCGAAUUCUCGACAUCUGCCACGCUUGGGGAGCGAUAUUGUUAUUGGACGAGGCAGAUGUAUUUUUGGAAAAGCGUAACAUGCAGGACAUCCAUCGUAAUGCUCUAGUGAGCAUAUUCCUCCGCCAGCUAGAAUACUUUCAGGGGAUUCUGUUCCUGACGACGAACCGUGUCCAGACCUUUGACGAAGCUUUUCAGUCGAGAAUCCACAUAGCCCUCCGCUACGAUGCUCUGGACUACAAGGCCAAGAAGGCCAUUUUCCAAAUGUUCAUCGACCGGAUCAAGGCCCUGGGCAAGCUCGAUCUUGAGGCGUUCACCGAUGAUGACUUCAAUACCCUAGCCAGACGCGAUCUCAACGGGCGGGAGAUCAAGAACGUGGUAAGCUCGGCGCAGGAUUUGGCUGUUAAUAAGAGCGAGCCGCUCAGCAUGCGUCACAUUCGCCAAGUGCUCGACGUCCACACCAAGUUCGGACAUGACCUCCAAGGCGGACCCGGUUACGAGGAUGCGAUGAGGAGCUUCUUUUGAAGUAAGGAGAAGGACGACAAAGGGCUUGAUUGGCCGUGGAGAAGCAGGCUGGGACGGCAUGCCUCGCAAGGGGGGCAGUUGUCUUGGAGCAGCAACAAGGUGGUAGACGAUUCCACUCCUAAGCGCAUUAAUUAGUAUAUGACGAGAGCGGAGUAGCGAUUAAGAUGAGCGUAAUGAAUACGACAAGUGCUGUU